UGUUCUACUUCCAUCCGCCCCUUUGCACGCAGUAGCCGAGACAAACACCACAACUGGAACUGAAAGCGAACGAGCAGAUACUUUACAGUCAAGUUUAUAGCCAAAUACGGUAUUUGAAAUACCGGAUUUUUGGGAGACAAGCAAUGCCGCUGGCUAAGGACCUAAUUCAUCCUGAUUUGGGGACUGAGAGGAAAAGGCACAAGAAGAAGAGGCUGGUUCAGAGUCCCAACUCCUACUUCAUGGAUGUCAAAUGCCCAGGCUGCUACAAGAUCACCACUGUGUUCAGCCAUGCCCAGAGUGUUGUGCCCUGUGGGGGGUGCUCUAUCGUCCUGUGCCAACCCAGCGGGGGGAAAUGCCGCCUCACCGAGGGUAUAAACUGUUGUUCCUUCAGGAAGAAGCCCCGUUGACGCACCAGAGCUGGUAAUAGCUUCAGAUCUGUUAGCAGACCUGCUCAGUGAGGACCGGAGAUUGAUGGGCCAGCCUGGUGAUUCAGGGCCAGGAAUCUAACCGUACCCUCAUUUAGGUGAUGUCAGGGAGAAACUCUGCUUCAGAGUUGCUGUCCUGCAGCUUGGAUGGGUUCCAGCUAUAAGGGUUGUUUACCCAAUAUAAGUACCAAACAAGAUCAAUAGAAUAGAAUUGAACUUGAGAUUGAAAAGAUCAGUUUUUAAUCGGUAUGUGCAACAUCUUAGCACUAGGUGUAAUGUUCUUCUAUACACUUUUAAUAUCAUGUGUUCUUUUAAGAAGCAGUCACAAAUCAGUAACGGUGCACACAAAAGACUGUUCUGUAAUUGUAUUUUGUACAAAUUUAUUAGAUUGAAAGCUGGAAAUAAAGCUGGAAUAAAACAAUGGAACUGUCUCGAAUGCAAGACUUUGACUUCCGUCAGUAACAAAAAAUUUGCGUUGGUCACCUUCACAUAAAGGCAUGACAUUUUGGUGUGUGAGUGUGUGUGUAUUCUUGGUUUUUGGAGUGUCCUCCUGUAAAGUGGUGGAAGACUAGAGCAACACAGCAUAUCUUCAACCAUAACUAACAUUCUACUAUAUACAAUAAGUAUCCAUGGUUUGUCACAAACUUAACUGAGUCUCCAGUGGUUCUUAUUUGGGUUUAUAUUUGAAUAUUGCUAUUAGCAUGUUAACAUGUUUGACAUUUAGGGGCAUAGGUUGUCUUGGUGACCAUGUUUAAACACACACACACACACACAAGCAGGCCUUGCUCACUUUGGAGCUUUAACAGACUCACAAGUGACGGUUCACCUGGUUUUUACUUCCCAUGAACUGUUCACCUGCCAACCACAAGGUGGUGCUCAGGAGCCACGCUACAAGUUUGACGACACACAAAACACAGACUAAUGGCUCAGAGAGGUGUACAGUAUGUAAACUUGGGCAUAGUCCAUUCUCCCUAAAGAUGUUCUGAAGGAAAUGGAACUUUCCAGACAGGAACAUGCUGUAAACAUACGUAAGCAUAUAAAAGAGAUCCGAGAGAGGUGGUGGAACAACGCAGCAUUUUCUCGUAAGAGGAGAGAGA